UCUUCACUCUUCACAUUAUAAAUUCCAAUCCUUUCAUCAUCAUCAUUGCUCAGUCUUCAGUUUUCCAUCACCAAUUUCCUCCCAAACUUCGUGUGUCACACACCAUCACGCACUUCCUUCUCUCUCUAUUUUACACUUUAUAUACACACACACACUCAUUCAAUUCACAAACCACCACCACCACCACCACCACAUCUUUCAAAUGGAGUUUCAAAGACCACUAUGUCUCUUGUUCCUUCUCUUUUCUCUUCUCCCAAGCUCCCAAGCCCAUAAAUUCUACGUUGGUGGAAGCAAAGGUUGGAUCCCAAACCCUUCGGAGAGUUACACCCUAUGGGCUGGAAGAAACAGGUUCCAAAUCAAGGACACCAUUGUUUUUAAGUACACCAAGGGUUCAGAUUCUGUGUUGGAAGUGAAGAAAGAGGACUUUGACAAUUGCAAUAAGGCAAACCCCAUCAAGAAGUUUGAAGAUGGUGACACAGAAUUCACGUUUGAUCGAUCAGGACCAUUUUACUUCAUCAGUGGAAAAUAUGGAAACUGUGAAAAGGGUCAAAAGAUGAUCCUGGUGGUUAUAUCACCGCGAGGAACACAACCACCACCGUCGCCGCCACCAAAAUCUUCACCUUCACCGUCUCCGAAGGCGAGUCCACCAUCUGGGUCACCGCCGACCGCCGGCGAACCCUCUCCGGCAGGAACUCCGCCGUCUGUAUUGCCUUCUCCGGCGGGAGCUCCAGUACCGGCCGGUGGACCGUCGGCCGGAACUCCUCCGUCUGCAUCAACAUCUCCAUCUCCAUCUCCGGUAAGUGCCCCUCCGGCGGCUUCUCCGGCACCGGGAGCUGAAUCACCAUCUUCGUCUCCGACAAGCAACUCUCCGGCGGGUGGACCUACGGCGACUUCACCUUCUCCGGCGGGAGACUCACCGGCCGGUGGUCCUCCGGCACCAUCUCCGACGACAGGUGAUACACCGCCAUCAGCUUCCGGUCCAGACGUAUCGCCUUCCGGUACUCAGUCGUCGCUUCCGGCGGAUACUCCGUCGUCAUCAUCCAACAACUCGACGGCGCCGCCACCGGGAAACGGUGGUUCAUCGGUGGUGCCAUCAAGCUUUCUGCAUUAUUCUGUUACCAUUGUUGUUGGUGCUGCGUUACUAUACGGCACCGUUUUGGUUUGAGACUGAAACUGCUGAGUGGUGUGAACAUUUAUUUAGCGGCGAGUUUGAACUUUGGUGUUGUAAUUAAUUCUGGGUUUCAUUGUUGUUAUUUUCUCAUGGAUAUGAGAUGAUUGAUAGUAGCAUUAUUUUGUGAUUUUUUUGUUUUUUUGGUAUGCAUUCCACUUUAUAUUAGCAUUAUUGUACUUUGAUUCUGUGAUAUUUUUAGCCUUUUGCUACGUGUAAUAAAUCUCAUCUGAUA